UUAGCAGUAUAACUGCAGCCAUCGGCGACAACGUGCGGUACAUACCGCUAUCAUAUUGAAGUCAGAGCGUCUUUUCGCAUAUGUCAAAGCCAAUGGUUUCGCUUGUGGGGCCAAGCGGCGUGAACCCACGCCGACGAAAGCUACACGACCAAGAUGUUCCUCGUGAAUUGCGCGCGAAAAGGGCAAAGCGAGCGCGUCUUUCUCUUCGCCAGCGCCAGCAGCGUAUUCUUGAAGGGAAGGAAAGAUACCAACGGCUUGUACUUUUCUGGAUGAGAAUCAUCCAGUACUUCAUGAAUAAGGCUGCAAGAGCAAAAGCAGCAGCAGCUGUAGCUUCUGUGCCAGUCUCAACAGCCGGCCCGUCAUCAACAGUCAGCUCACCAUUGGCAGCAGGACCUUCGUCGGCAGCGGGCCCAUCCUCGGCAGCCGGCCCAUCCUCGGCAUCCGGCCCAUCCUCGGCAGCUGGCCGAUCAUUGGCAGCUGCACUGCUCUUGGCAGUUGGACCAUCAGCAGCAGCUGGACCAUCAUCAGCAGCUGGCCCAUCCUCAGCAGCCGGCCAAUCGUUGGCAACCGGACAUUUCUUGGCAACCAGACCGUCGUCAGCAGUCAGUCCAUCAUCGGCAGCUGGUCCAUCGUCAGCAGCCGGACCAUCGUCGGCAGCCGGUCCGUCCUCAGCAGCCGGCCCAUCCUCGGUAACUGGCCAGUCAUUGGCAACCAGACCGUUGUCAGCAGCCGGACCAUCAUCGGCAUCUGGACCACUGUUGGCAGCUGCAUCGUCAUUGGGAGCUGGACCGUCAUUGCAGACAUCAGCAGCAGCACAGCCAUCAUACAGUGCUCCAGACCACUUUGCAUUGGCAGCAUUGGCAGCGACAUCAGUACCAUCGGCGACAUCGGCAUCACCAUCAGCACCAGCGCCUUCAGCAGCCGCACAGCCCAAGCCAUCAGCCGAACCACCACUACCACCAGUAUCAACACUGCCACCAACAGAACCAGCUGCUCUUGCAAACACAUCACCGUCAGCUGCAGUACCAAAUGGGUUUCUCAUCGUCACCACAGUACCGGCAUCGCCGGCUUUAGGUGGAGAUACAGGCAAUGCUGAUGUGGUCUUAGCACAGGAACCUGAGCAAGCAGUACUUGAGGAGCGUUUCAAUUCCAUACCAUUACUAGAGGGUGAUACGAAAGAGAUGUACGUGAUCGUGGACGAUUCAAAUUACGCCUUCGAAUUGCCCUUUGAGUGCAUGGGAGACGCUAAAUCGGGAACUGAGGAAGCCAUUUGAGUUUAUUCUCAUUCCCAGCUGAAUAUCAUAUAACUUACGUGUUUUACUAAUACAAAUUAUUCAUGAAUAUAAGCAUUUUAUAAUAUAUCAUAAAUUAGUAAGAAGUAGUGUCUUGUAUUAACAAUCAUUAAUUACUGAGAAAUAAAGUACUAUUACCCCUUA